CCUGGAGCGCACAACUUCAGGAGGAACAAGGACACAGUGUUUAUUUUAAUAGACAGGUAUUUAUUCUUUUUUUUAUGAGCGUUAGAGAAAUAACUGGCUUUCCAUUAUAUCGUUUGGGGUUCAAAUUUCCGCCUUAAACAAAUGCAUUUAAGGGGGAGAGGGGGGUCAGAGUCAGUUUAAAGAAAAACAUUUAACAUUUGGUAUCUAGUACAGAUGUAGGCGGACUGUAAAGGUGUAGCGCGAGGGACCGAAUCUGGGGAGACGUGGUCUUAAGCAAAGCCCAUGACCCGCUACCGGGGUGCGGGAAGAGCCCAUGCUAGGACCCUGGGAAGCCAGUAGGUUCCGGCGCCGUGUCCGUGCGAACCUCCAGCACAAUUUCUCUCGCCUGGUUCUCGGGGCCCAGGGUCCGGGUCCAUAUAAUGGUCGAGAUGUCACACAAGUUGACACCUCCAGACAGCGCCCAGGGCGACAGCGUUCCCUAGGCUGCCUGGCGCCAGGACACCGCCACCGAGACCGGUAUCCUGGACCCCGGUUCGAAUCCCUCCAGUGCCACUGGCUCACAGAGCUCCCCUACCCCUGCCCGCCAACCCCCCGCGCGAGCGACUUCACAGACUCGAGUGCAGGGCGUGCUCGAUCCUACAAAGAAGCCUCGGCAGCUGCGAUCGAGGCAGGCCACGGUGCCCACCUCAGCUCACAGACGCUCGCCUACUGGGCCCGCCAGACUCGGGUCUGGGCCGGACCGGAGCCGGAGGCAGCCGCGCCCCGCCCCAGGGCAUGCGCAGCCUCGCGCGUGCCCGGAGAGCAGGCCGCGGCCGCGCGUCGAACGGGCCCUCCCGCCUCUGCGUCCUCCCUCACCCCCCUAACCGCUUGCCCAUCAGUACAACGCUUCGGCGGACGGCCACUGCUUCCCGGCACUCACCGCUACCAGCGCGGCCGCCUCCCCGCCGCUCCUCCGCCUCAGGCCCGCCGCUCCCGCCUCGGCCUCAGCCCACCUGCCCGCCGUAGGACAAAGGCGCCACCAACCGACUAGCGCGGGCACGAGGCAAUGGCGGCCGGGGCGGAGUGUGGAGGUGGGGGCAGAGGGCGCGCACGCAGCGGCAGCCGCGGCAGUGUCGUAAAGAGCGUGCGGAUUUACGGCAGGCCCGAGUUGAAGCGUCCAUCUCCUUGGCGACGGGGGCGAGGCGGUGGCUCUGGGGCGGCGGUUGAGAACGCCAGCGGUUGCCUAGUAACAGGGUCUCUGUUGAAGUACGGCUCCACACCCGCGGACUGCAGUCUGGCCUUUCCCUUUUCCAGAGUUCUUUUCCUCACCAUAACUGUGCAACUAGAACAUUUAAAUCCCCCAGUACUUUCAGUCCUGUAAAACUUAGAGCCCCGAACGGCCAAGCAGCUGUAGACCGAAAAGUGUGCAAUACCCAAACCUGAUCACAAGGAACAAAGACAGCAGAGAGAUGGGUAAGCGGAGACUCAAAAGAGGUGAAUUCCUUCUGCUCCCUCUCACGGACAUCGUUAAGAGUCACAGUCAGGAUUCGAACCCAUGUCGUUGGCUCCAGGAAGUGUGGCUGUGGAAGUGUGGCCCUCAGGAUUAGAUGGUUUAGAAAGAAAUAAUUACUUUUCUUGUGUCACAGUCAGGAUUCGAACCCAUGUCGUUGGCUCCAGAAAGUGUGGCUGUGGAAGUGUGGCCCUCAGGAUUAGAUGGUUUGGAAAGAAAUAA